AUGCCUUCCGCUGAGGUUGCGUCCCAGUUCAACUCGAUUGAAGAAACAAUUCAAGCAUUCAAAAAUGGCGAAUUCAUAGUCGUCCUCGACGACCUGUCGCGCGAGAAUGAAGGCGACCUGAUCAUAGCCGCCUCGGACAUGACGACCGAGAAGAUGGCCUUCAUGGUCCGGCACUCGUCGGGGCUCGUGUGCGCGCCCAUGACGCCCGCGCUCACCGAGCAUCUGGACCUCCCGCAGAUGGUGCCCAGCAACGAGGACCCGAACCGCACCGCGUACACCAUCUCGGUCGAUGCGAACGCGCCCGAGACGACGACCGGCAUCAGCGCGCAUGACAGGGCGCUGACGUGCCGGACGCUGGCGAGCCCCACGGCGACCAAGGCGAGCCUGCGCCGUCCCGGUCACGUAUUGCCGCUGAGGGCCAAGGAGGGCGGCGUGAGGGAGCGCAUCGGCCAUACGGAGGCUGCGGUCGAGUUCUGCAGAUUGGCGGGCAAGCCCCUGGUGGGUGUCAUAUGCGAGCUGGUGGAGGAUGGGGAGCCGGUUGCGGGUCAGGCGUUGAUGCGGGAGCCGGGCAUGAUGCGGAGGGACGGCUGCUUGGCUUUUGGAAAGAAAUGGGGUCUGAAGGUGUGUACGAUCGAGGAUCUGGUGGCCUAUGUUGAGAAGACGGAGGGGAAGUUGGUGAAGAAUACUAACGGAAGUCAUUGA